AUGCAGUUCACCACUAAAGCUCUGGCUAUCUUUGCCGCUUCCCUGUUUGCAUUGACUGCCUCCGCUCACCCCAGCUGUGAGACCGGGGCCAGAUGGCCUGACCAGCGCGAUUGCCACAACUUCUACGAGUGCGCUGCUGGUGGAGUUCCCGUCCGCAAGACCUGUGGACCCGGAACAGCAUACGAUUCUCGGUUCAGCAUUUGUGAUUAUGAGCACAAGGUUCCGUCCUGCCGUGGGCAUGGUCCUAUCGGUCACAACGAGCCAGAGGGUCAUGGUGAAGUGAAGGACCACAACAAGGGCGAGCAAGAGCACGGUGAGAGCAAGGAUCAGGGAAAUGGAAAGCAGGAGCAGGGCAAGGGAAAGCAGGAAGAGGGUCAUGGGAAGGAUCGGGGUAAGGGAAGGCAGGAUCAGGGCAAGGGAAGGCAGGAUCAGGGCAAGGGAAGGCAGGAUCAGGGCAAGGGAAAGCAGGAGGAGGGUGAUGGGAAGGAGCAGGGAAAUGGCGGGCAAGAGCACGGUGAGGAAAAUGGCCAAGGCAAGGGCCAGCAGGAGAACGGUGAAGGAAACCAUUAG